AAGGCGCCCGGGGGGGGGGGCGGGAAACUAACAUCCCAUCUAGAGCCGUCCCUCUCCUUCCUCCCCUCCCCGACUCUCUGCUCCUCUCCCGCCCCAGAAGUUCGAGGGCCCCCGGCCUCCUGCGCGCCUGCCGCCGGGACCCUCGACGUCGUCCGAGCAGCCGGCUCCGGCCCCGCGAAGAUGGCGAGGAGCCGCCACCGCCUCCUUCUGCUGCUGCUGCGCUACCUGGUGGUCGCCCUGGGCUAUCACAAGGCCUAUGGGCUUUCUGCCCCAAAAAAUCAACAAGUAGUCACAGCAAUAGAGUACCAAGAGGCUAUUUUAGCCUGUAAAACCCCAAAGAAGACUGUUGCCUCCAGAUUAGAGUGGAAAAAACUGGGUGAGAGUGUCUCCUUUGUCUACUAUCAACAGACUCUUCAAGGUAAUUUUAAAAAUCGAGCUGAGAUGAUAGAUUUCAGUAUCCGGAUCAAAAAUGUAACCAGAAGUGAUGCGGGGAAAUAUCGUUGUGAAGUUAGUGCCCCAUCUGAGAAAGGCCAAAACUUGGAAGAGGAUACGGUCACUCUGGAAGUAUUAGUGGCCCCAGCAGUUCCAUCGUGUGAAGUACCCUCUUCUGCUCUGACUGGAACUGUGGUAGAGCUACGAUGUCAAGACAAAGAAGGGAAUCCAGCUGCUGAAUACACGUGGUUUAAGGAUGGCAUCCGUUUGCUAGAGAAUCCCAGACUUGGCUCCCAAAGCACCAACAGCUCAUAUACAAUGAAUACAAAAACCGGAACUCUGCAAUUUAAUACUGUUUCCAAACUGGACACUGGAGAAUAUUCCUGUGAGGCCCGCAAUUCUGUUGGAUAUCGCAGGUGUCCUGGGAAACGCAUGCAAGUAGAUGAUCUCAACGUAAGUGGCAUCAUAGCAGCUGUAGUAGUUGUGGUCUUAGUGAUUUCCGUUUGUGGCCUUGGUGUGUGCUAUGCUCAGAGAAAAGGCUACUUUUCAAAAGAAGCCUCCUUCCAGAAGAGUAAUUCUUCAUCUAAAGCCACGACAAUGAGUGAAAAUGAUUUCAAGCACACAAAAUCCUUUAUAAUUUAGACUCCACUUUUGAGAUACACCAAAACCAUGGUUGUUACACAAGUUAUUAAACUAUUAUAAAACUCUUGCUUUGUCUGACAUUUGCAAAGAGGUACAUGAGGAAGUGAAAUUGGUAUUUCAUUAUAAUUUUUAUGACUAGUAACUCACCUGAACUUGUUUUAAACAAAUAGUUCUGUCCACACCUAAAAUACGGUCUGGAAUCUUGUAUCUGGACUAAGUUAAAAGAAUCAAAAUACUUCGUAAUAUUCUGGGCUUCAGGUAAUGUUAACUAUAUCCUAACUUCUAGAGAACGUCACUAAAAUGUAACAUACUGAUGGUGAAGUUAAUCCACAGAUCAUGAAAAUAUAAAUCAGACUCUGCAGGAGAGUCUGAUUUAGGGGGCCCAAUAAAUCUCUGACAGAUGCAAAAGGAACCUCUGGUCUCAUUUCUGCCAGAAUCCUCUUCUCUCCCCCAAUAUCAUUUUUAUUUAGUAUCAUCAUUAUUCCGAUGCUCAUUCAUCACUAACAUGUCCACAGAAGAGAGGGAGUGGAAUGGGUCUUAGGCCUAAGAUUCGCACUUUGUGUUUACUUUCAUUGCUGAGAACUAAAAGCAACAUCAAAAGAAAUCUCAAAUGGCUGGAGCUCACAGGUGUGCACCAUAGGAUUUGCCUGGUGUGUGUCACUGAUUUCUUCAUUAAUUCUGAUGGUCAAACACAAACCCAAGUGGCUUAUUUCACCCCAGUGCUGCUUGCCACUGCUUCCUUCUCCUAAGAUUCCUUUGAAGAGGAUCAGUGACCUUGGCAAUAGAACUCUCCACUGAAGCCUACACUAGUUUGGAAGUACCUUUCCCUGCAUGAGUGGUGACUUCACAUCUUUCUGUCUCUAAAAAUUGUGCAGUGAAAUUCCGGGCCAAGUCCCUUGCUCAGGGGUUGCCAAUUCUGCUUUUGGACAAGGAGGAAUGUGGAGGGAAGAAAUGAUUGUCUACAAGGAAAAUGAGAUGAAAAAGCUCAGUGACUCCGUGCAUCUGGCACCCAUCUUGAUACAUAGUGGGCACACAAGAAAUGGCUCAAAUGAAAAGUGGGGCUAAUGUGGGUUUCUCAACUGCUUAACCGCAGAAGCCUCCAGCUACUAUUACAAUGUAAAAACGCCAAUGAUCCAUUUAUCACAGCAAUUAGGCUAUGUUAAAAAUACUGCAUUGAUACUGAAAACAAAAUAUGGCCAGGGCAUGUCCUGUUCUGAGGAAACCUGGAUAAAAACAUCACUUGCUACCUUUGACAACUGUGAACAUGGUUAACCUUCUUUCAAGAGUUCAUUCUUUCUACCCAAUCGGCAAAGCAAAUCCCCAGGAUUCACCUAACAAAUGGAUUAAGCACCUAAGAAACAGAUUAGGCACUGAAUGCCUAGCAUGUGCCUGGACAUCAGGCCACUGGGAAGAUGUCUCUGACUCUAAUGCCCUUUGACUUGUCUGUGACAUUCUAUGUCUGUCACCAGAUCCCUUCCUGGAGGUUGGCCUUUUGUAACAUGGCUCUGCCCUCAGAAUCAAAUUGUCACAAGUCAGGGAGUGGCAAACAUUUUCUGUACAGAGAGAGAAAGUAGAUAUUUUAAGUUAUAAGGUCUCUGUUAACAACUACUUGACUCUGCCAUUGUAGCACAAAGGCAGCCAUAGACAAAAUAAGCAAUUGAUCAUGUCUGUGUUCCAAUAAAACCUUAUUUUCAAAAACAGCAGGCACAGACAAGAUUUGGCCCACAGGCAUAGAUUCACAACUCGUCGUGAUGAAGGACAGAAAAAAAAAAACACCUGUCUAUAAGCUUUUGUAAGAAAUCAGGCUAAAUGGUACCUACGUUUUAGUUGGAAGAUUUCUUUGGUUUGAGGAAUCCUUUCCUCUUUCAUUGGCAUGCCAAGAGGAUAGACGACUCUGAAAGACAUCUCCAGACAUAUCUGUCAUCACACAAGAUCAACUUCUUCCGGUUUAAAUGACACAAAUCCAUAUUGUGGGGGGAAAAUAUGUAGUGCCUUAGCUUCACUAACAGCUGAAAAACGUAUUUCUAAGACCUCAAAGGCUAGAGGAUUCAUUUUAUGCAGUAUGAACAUCUAACACUCUCUUUGUGUCAAAUAUAUACUGUACCUUAACUUAAACUAUUGUAAUAGCUAGGUUAAAAAGUCCUUGUAUAAAGAAUGCUUUCUCCCACACAAAGGGCACAGUAUUGAGCACUAAUUUCCUAAUAUAAAGUAUAUACACCUAUAUCUCUCUCUAUAUAUAUAUAUCUGUGGGUCACUGGUGUCCAGACUUGUAUUUCCAUUUGCAUUUACUUGAGAAACUUGAAUACUAACAAUUGGUAAAAUCCCAUUGUAAUUCUUAGAGUAUUUUGACUUUUAUUUUCCUGCAGUGAAUUGUGUUGUAUAAAGAUUAGGGUUUUAGAAUCUUUAUUAGCAAGCUUUAUUUUGUUUACAUUAUUAUUGUUGCUAUUGUAACUAGAUUUAAUUUCUUUUUAGUUGGGGGUUUGACCUAAAUAAAUCUGGACUGAUUGAUUGUUUUUCAAUACAACUUUGCAAAGAGCUUCCUUCAUCCACAGGUGGGUUUGUUUGAUUAAAGUCUAUCCUGAUAAA